GUAUUUGGAUUAUUGUCCCAGCUGAUAGUUGUCUGACGUUUUUGUUAUGAAAACUAGGCGGUCUGGAUAUAGAUCUGAUUUCAAGAAAUCAUACGUCAUAGAAAAGUCUUCAGAUCCAAAAACUCUACACCCAGGUGAACGUAAACAAAAACCGAGCAGAGUUAAGGGUAUCCUCAAUUGUACUAAGCGUCAGCGGAAUUCUGAAACCUAUAAAUCAGCGCAUUUAAACGGUCGGCUCUUUUAUGAUAUCUAUGUCAGAGAAUCUCCAUACCGUACAAACAAACUAGUAACGUCAGUUCCUAAAGAAUCUAUUGAAGAUAGAGCUACUACAAGUCUAAAGUAUCAAAUCAAUACAAAGCUACGUAAAAAGGAUGUUCGCACUAGAAGCCACGAUGAUUCUGUUCAAAGUUCAUGUUCAAAAGCUUCUGUAACCAAAUAUUUGACCAAAACUAGUAAAAAAAGUGUCCGAUCAAGUGGCUCUGUUAAAAAAUCUGCUAAGGGCUUUAGGAGAACCCGAAAAUGUCGAAACAAAAGUCCAGACAUUCAGAAAGCAUUAAGACGUGAGCUCGGGCCUGAUUAUGUAUCUCCUGUUGAAGCUCAUGGUAAACGAUUGGCAAGUCUAAACGCAACUGCCAUCAUAGGCGCUUUUAAUUCUAAAUCUCCUAGGAAAACAUAUGUUAAGAAAAGAAAGUCGGAUGUAUUAUUUGAAUUAGGAUUACAACCAACUUUGAUUCAUUCGGAUGAAACAGAUGAUGCUAUUACAGAGCCUAUGUGUUCAGUCGUUGAUGAUGAUUUAGUUCACUGUGUGGAGGUUACCGAUGCCCUGACUUCUGAACAAGGCAGCGUACUGACAACACACAAGUCCUCAAGUUGUACUCCUGUGAAAGAAAUUACACCAUUAACGUUUAAGAACGUUUGCCAAAUUAACCCUGCAAUCGAGAGUUUUCAUUCACAACGAAUUAUACCGUUAGGACAUGACACGUUUGGUGUUCAGCAGAUCAUGCAUCAGGUAGUAGUUGUACCUCAUUCGAACGAAUCCUCUCCAAUUAUGUGUCAGUCUAAAUUACCGGAUCUCGGCACAGCUAUCCCUCGUCCGUCAAUAGGAAGUUCUGUUCCUUUUCCUGUAUUAUCCUGUCCAAAACCAUAUGAUUGUUAUUUUAAUGAUACCGCAUUACAACAGCGACACAACCAAGUUAUGUACAAUCCAUUUUAUCCCUCCUUUCCGCAUCAGUACGUUAAUUCUUGGAAUCCUACGUUAUCGUGUAUUGCAAAUUCAAGUAUCACACCAUCCUUUGUUGCUUGCGCACCUCCAAGUAUUAUUCUUCCCCACAUCAGCUCACCCUUCGUUGUUCCUAACCCUGGUGUCACGCCUCAGGUCGCAUAUCCACUUGUCUUACAACCGUUUCCCAAUAUUCCUGCAUCUUACAUAGGACCUAGUUUUCCCUGCGGAAUUAUGUCACCUGUUAUCUUACCAACAUCAUGGGCUCAACCUAGCUUGCUACCUUGCCAACCAUUCAAUACCUCAGCUAACAACAGCAAUGAACUCUUAUGUCCUAUGAUGGUCUCGUCCGCACAAAUUAUUUCAACCACUCAACCACAGAUUAUCCAAUUGCCAAGUAAUCAAUGCACAAGCUUUUUACCUCAAGCAGGUCUGGGACAGUUAGUGUUGAACCACUCUACAGUCAUACCAAAUGCAUGUUCUAUUUCUGAUCAGCCGACGUCUAGUUGUCACAGCAAACCAUAUGUGGAGAACCACUCGACAUGUUAUUCAUAUGGUAAGGUUAAUGGUCCUGUAUUGCCACAUCAAACACCGCCUGUCGACAUCCUAGAUGAAACUAUUAAUAUAGUUCCAUCCCAAAAUUCGCCUGUACUUUGUACAAAAACUGAAAGACCUUUAUUAAAUGAAAGCAGUUCACUUGGAAUGAAGUCCUCGAUUGAAAACCCUGGGAAAAAAUUAAGCCCAACCGUCAUAUGCCUGGAUAAUGAAAAAGAUGCGUGGGUGUGGGAGGGCAGUUCUUUUGAUCAAUAUAUUUUCCAUCAGUCUGACGCACCCCCAGUGCUCUGCCAGUGUUACCUUGCAAUCCGACACCGACGAGAUGGUAUGGUGAUUCGUGUGAAGGACAGUGUCUUAUUGUGUAGUGGUCCAAGUCGAAGUCAUCCACCACAUGUCGCGAAGAUUGUUGCAUUGUAUCAUGAUAAAAAUACAGACACAAAAAUGAUGUCUCUACUAUGGUACUAUCGUCCUGAACAUAUAUCUGGCGCAUCACACAAUUUUGUCAAGAAUGAACUUUAUGCAAGCAGACAUCGUGACACUAAUCCACUUGAUUGUAUAGAAGACAAGGCAUAUGUACUUUCAGUUAGUGCAUAUAAUCGUUAUAUGGCAAAGCUUAAACGUCAACAGACGGGCUAUCGGAAGAUGCCACUUAGUUCCAUUGUACCUCAAUCUAUACAGUGUGGGUUACAUGGUAGUAAUAGUUCAAACGAUAACUUUUUCAUGGAUAAAUUGUUAUCUGAAUGUGAUGAAUGUUUUAACAAUGUCAGUUGUCAAAGUGUUUUCUUCUGCCGUGGCUUGUAUGAUUAUAAACUAAAACGUGUUACUAAAUACCCUGUAUUUGGAAAUCAGUGUAUCUUAUCUUCUCAUUUUGUUAAUCGACCCAAAUUUUAUGGACAGCAUUUUACACCACCAGCAACAACAUUAACAACGAAAAAUGUUACUGAACAUAAUAACUUGGACAUUUCAAAUGAUCACUGUUGUGACACAUCCGUUUCUCUUAAGGAUGAUGUUCAUAAAAUCGUUAAUACAAUUGAACCCAUAACUUCGUUGGAUGAAAGUGUACCCUUUACAGUGUGUUCAACGUCUAUAGUUUCUAUGGGGAAAAACACAAACACCACAAUAACACCGUCUCAACUUGCCGAAAAUGAUUGUCAUUUUGUUGAUAAUUCUCAUAUGAACGGAGAAUGUGAGCGUUUACCUUAUGGCAAUCAUGAAGGUAGAACAUCAACUCCUGUAAAAAAUCGUGAUCAAUAUAAAGGUGUUGAAGAAAGUAUAACAACUGUUGUCGAAUCGCAACGGACCUUGAUUACCGAAAACAACUCAAAUGCUCCACCCAAAAUGUAUUCGACUGAUUCAUGCGUUGAAAUCACUAAACCAGAUAUAUUAAUUUCAGAAAUUCGUGUAACUUCACCAAAUGUAGAGUCCCAAUUCACUUCGUGUUCAUCUUUAGAAAAAAAACUGUCUAAGGUGACUGAAAAUUCCAUCGUUCAGUCACUGGAAACCAAUUGUUCAUCAACUGUCGUUGGACAACUAUGUGAAAACAAACCAGCAAACCACUUUGCAUGUCAGUCUAACUUCUCACCUGUUCAACCUGUAUGGCCAGUAGUUACUACAUCUUUAAUCAGCUGUGAUAGGUCUAUCCUUGAAAGAAGUGCUGAUAUAUCAGUUAAUUGGGGUGAGCAUGGUGAACAGAUUGCUUUGUCUCUUGAUUGUAGGAUUAAAGAGAAUAAUCUUAAUGGCAACAAUCAGAUAACAUCACAUCUUACUAUGUCUUCCGAAUCUCUAGGUUCAACACAAUCGUUUAUUGAUAUGACAAAAUUACCCGUACAUCCUAAUCCGAUGCAUUAUUCCAAAAUUAACUCAAAAUGUCUUGAUCAGGAUCAACCACGUCUAGUAAUACUUUGAGUUGUUUUCAACCAUAAAAUUGCAGUUUACAUCACUGUGAACAGAUUUCCUAAAAUUAAAUCUAAAAAAUGUAAGGAAACUCCUCAGUUUAGCUGUGACAUACAUAUUCAUCUAGUUUUGUCCUACCGUACAACUGUUUAAUAGAUGGGGCAUCACUGUGAAGUUAUACUACUGAAAUUCUCUUUCAAUUAAAUGAAAGAUUAAUGACACUAUUAACUUUUUCACACUACAUUUCACAGAUUACUGAAACUAGCUACACUAUUAUUAUAAAAUCUACUACCUAAUUUAGUUUUUUGUUAACUUUAACUAAUAUUGUCACAUAUAUUCAUUUAUGAAAACAAACAAGGUUUCUUUUUUCAAUCUGCUAAAUAAUUGUUUUGUCUAUAACUCUUUUUUUCUUCAUUGUUUCUUUUUAUGUGUGAUUAUCAUUAUCUAUCAGUUGUAUAUUUCUCAUUUACUACUUCAGAUAAAGAAUGCAGCAUUCUCAGUUUUGUUUUUCUAUUUCUACUCAUGUAAUGUUUGUUUCAGCUUUUCGUUUUUAAGUUAUAUAUAUAAUCACUAAUCCGUCGAUAAUGUACUGUCCUUUUAUGUACACUGAAAUAGUAUAUCAUACUUUUUAUUUUAGAAUUUAAUCUAUUUGUUGAAUUCAUUGUGUAUAUUUUCAUUUAAAUAAGAAUUGAGUGUUUAUUUUGAAAGAUACGAGUUUGUUCUGAACUUAUUCACACGGUUGUACCGCACUUUAUCCUAGUGUACAUGAAUGUUUUCCGGGUCAUUAAAAAAAUUCAUUUUUUAGAGAAACAAACUGUAGAAUGUAAAUUAUGACUAUUUUUCUUACUAUCACGAAUCCGAUCGCCUAUUAAUUAAAUAUCUUGGACUAUGGUAAGAGUAACUUAAAGAUUCAUAGAUUUCUGAUAAACUUCUCAAUUAAAAAAUGCAACUCUUUCCGUACAAAACCCACGAAAUAUUGACUCGUGAAGUAGUGUCUCGAUAUUAGGGCCGCCUUCGAUUCAUUGGACAGAACUGUUCUCUAGGGUUAUCCCAUUGAAGAAGGGUGUGCCUGAGAAGUUUAUUAACAUCUUGAAAACACUACAUUACUAACACCUCAGGCAGUGAUGCCAUACAACUACUUCUCUCCAUUGUUCCAUUCAAGGAUUGGAGUCAGGCAAGGUUACCCGAUCUCACCAUUCCCCUUCAACUUUGUUAUCGGUAAGUUCUAGAAACAGCUCUGAUGGAUGUAAGUAAUGGUGGUGUGAAUCUGUUGCCUAGAGAAAGACUUCUCGACCUUGAGUAUGCGAGUGAUAUUGUCUUACUGUACGGUAAUACCGAAGCCAUGCAAUCCACACUUAACCAGCUGCCGAUCAGUGUCCGUAGGUAUGAUAUGUGCUUUACACAUUCUAAGUGCAAAGUACUCUUACAAAAAUGGCUGAACCUGGACUCCUUGGUAGUGAUUAGAUAGAAGUAGUUGAGAAGUCCAUGUAUCUGGGUGGCUGUGAAAGUGCUAUCGGUGGAAUGAGUGGUGAAAUCGAUCCACGUAUGGUGGAAACCAAAGCAGCUUAUGCCGAUUUGGUCUAUUUUUGGUGCCUUCAUGUUGUUAGCCUGGCUGUAAAACGUUGAAUGUAUAACGCGUCCGUGGGAGCAGUUUAGCUGUACGCGCGUCAAACCUGACCUCCAAGUUGAGGAUAUUAGACAACUCUCUGUUUGAUUAUCGUUGUCUCGAAAGGGUCGCUGAUGAUCAGUGGUGACACCAUGCUAUUAAUGCGUAGGUUCGGCAACGUGUGUUCAGUCACAGGAUAAUUCAAUUGGUAUGACCAUCUUGGAACACUGACUUCAUUGGCUUGGACAUGUUUAGUGAAUGUCGUCUCAGUGGAUUUCAUAUCGUGCAUUAUUUGGCAACGCUACGAUUGGGUGGAAAAAGCGGAAAGGUGGUCAGUCUAUGACAUGUCGUCGUACAGAAAAAAAGUCAUCUGUCUUUCACGACUCCCUGGUCGGUGUUCUAGAGAUAGUGGAAUAUAGUGGCUUGAGAUGUGAAUUGAAAGUUGGAGCCAGUAAUGGCCCUUCUGUAAUUUUCUUCAUGAAAGUGAGACUCCCCUUGAUUGGAAGAAUAUAUUCUGGUGAUAUUUUUCUUAGCUAAAUUGCUUCUCGCGAUUUUUUUACUCAUUCACUAAUUUGUAUUCAUUUUGGUUAUUUUAUUAUACUCACUUUCGUUUCUUUAUCUUUUAACAAUCCCAUUUUUAUUGUGUAGUGUAUAUUUUUUUGGUGCCUCUUCGCUCUAAUAGUUAGGUGUUAAAAUAAGUAAACAGUUCACCCCAAAUAUUUCGAAUAGUAUACAUUGCACAGUGAAUAGUUCUUCCAAUUUGGUCAAUGGAGGUAGUUGUCGUGCAGAUUUUCAGCAAUCCCAUCCUUUAACACUAAAACUAGUUUUUCCCAAAAAAUGGGUUCGAAUCAAAUUCGACAUUGUAUAUCAUACUCAACAGUGGUAUUCGUUAUAGGUAAUACGUGAAAUACUUGUACUUUUAUUUACAUUGAAAUGGUAGAACAAUGUAAUCAGACUAGAAUAUGUUCGGUUUUUUAAAUGGUUUCGAUUUCUGAUGCUCGGAAAGUGUCUAAGAUGUGAGAAACAUUGUUACAUAACACAAAUAUAUCUAAUCUUUUUAUCCUUUCUUCCUAGCAGCUUCUAUCUUUUUUCACGCUCUUUAAAUAUCUCAUGUGAUACAGCCGACGAGAAACGUUAGAACUCAUUGGUUAUAUUAGAAUGCAUAGCACAUGCACUACUGAACUGCUGGAAUAUCAGAGGCCAAAAGGUAUACCAUGAUUGCGAAGAAUUACUGGCAAGCGAAAAUAUGGCUGCAUGUACAUUUUUAAUUAAUCUUAAAUUAUAAUGGAAAUGAUUGGUUUAAUGCUAGAAUAACUUUUUCAACGCUAUUACUCAGAACAAGUAGAGAAAUCCUCUUGCUGAGGUUCUGAAAAUGUAAUUUUUUCUAAUCUAUACAUAGUGUUAGUUAAAAUCGUUAAAGGCAUUAUAAAAAUUUUGUUACAUCUUAUGAUAUAUCCAAGGAAUUUCCGUGUAUCAUAAUCUAUAGAUGAAGUACAUAGGUAUUCUUACUGUUCAUCUAACCCUAAAUUAUUAAACAUCAUCCUGUCAGUUCUUCUUAAAUACGUUAUUUGUUGAUUCUAUAUACUACAUGAAAGUACAGCAGCAUGGUGUAUCCUAGAUCCAAAUAAUGUUAGAUAGAUUGAUAUGAAUGAAGAUCCUAUGGGAAAGAAGUUUCUGGAACAUCGAAUGGGACGGUAGCGAAAGACUGAGACUAGAAUCACAUGGCUACAUGAUGAUUUAAUCGAAUACAAAUUGGUGAUAACUAGGGACAAAUUAGUAUAAUCUCAGUUGGUUAAAUAAAUUAAAGAGUUUAAAGAUGUUACCCCAAGGAGAUUCACCCAGAGAAGAUAUAUUCGGAAGGAAAAGAAAGAUCAAUGUCUGUUUCCUAUUGAAAAUAGGUUUCAAGAGAAUGAUGGCCGUAGUUUCAACCUACUUGGGAUGAGGUUGGUUAUUAAUCACAACGGUAUAUGUCAAAGUAUCUAAUAAACGUAUAGAAACCAUACUAUUGGACACUUGUCUACAUGUUUAAAGGAUAUAGGGUAGGUACUUCUUUCUGUUUUUCCAAUUCGACUGCAUUGGCAGAUACAUGUAAAGUGAUAAAUAGUACUGAAGGU